GCAUGUUAUCGGUGUUCUCUAAUGUAGUCUUAUUUCCGAGCUGUAAUUAGGUCACCUGAGGAUGUAGUAAAACAUAUCAUGUCCGGUUUUCAAUGUACUGUUUAAAAAUUUUAUUACCUGCUCCGCGGAUGGAUCCAUCAGUGGCGCUUAGCUGAGCAGUGGAGGGUGAUUUGAAUACCUUGCUGCUGCAACUGUCGUUUUUCAAGAAUAUUUUUAAGUAUUUUUCGACUGUAUAUGAAUAUACUUUUAAGACAUUUUACACAUGUUUUAAGUUGAAUGCUCAAGAUGUCUACAGACCAGGCAGUCACUAAAGUCCCAGUGGGGGAUCAGGAGAACAUGUCUCCCGUACAGGAAGAUGCUCUUGCUGUAAUGAAUGAAAUCUCAACUCCGUUAAACUUUUCUAAGCUCACACCAGGUCAGUUUGGCAUCUCUGUGGAGAGUUUUAUCCCAUCCUCAUCAAACUGCAAAGACAAAUCCCGCCUCGCACAGAUAAAGUCCCGGCGGAGAUCUGGCAUCGGCGCCCGGGGCUCGCCGGAGACGAACUCCCUCAUCCGCUUCAGGGCCCAGCAGGGGAUGAAGACCCCGCCUGCCUCACGCACCCCAGAGGCCGUCAAAAGUAGCCCCGUCUUUCCCCGGGUUCCCUCCACCCUGAGGCAGAAGAUGGCCUCCUUCCAGAGCCUGAUGGACGUGGUGGAGAGCGACGGCUGUGAUCCGACUCCAGCGCCGGACGGCGACGCCGCAGGACGCAUCUCCGACAGAGAUUAUCCGUCUGAUGGGCUCAGCUGUAGCGAAGAGAAAGAGAACAAUCCACCAGCCACAGGCAGCAAACCCAGGCGGCCGGCCCCCCUGGACGGCUGCAGUGUGGAGAUUAGAGAGGAGAAUAUCUCUGGCCAUCACUCUAGUUUGAAGGAACAAGAGGAUGCUUCCUGUAAACACCAAAGCCCAGGCCGCCCUCCCUCUGACGACCCCUCAGCCGUUUCAGACUCCCAUCCCUCCCACAUCCCCUCUCUUCCUACUCUGCUGGAGAUGAAACCCCCAGCAAACGCGGACGAGACGCCUGCAGUGAAGAAGAAGAAGCAGGUGCGCUUCGGGGGUCCUUUAUCUCCCGAGUUCUUCGAUAAGAACUUGCCCCCCAGCACUCCGUUGAAGAAGGGGGGCACCCCAGCACGAGCAGCCACUCCCGGCGGGGGCCUCCAGCCGCGCUCGGUGCUGAAGACGCCGCAGAGGAGCGACUCAGAAGACCAGCUGGAUCUUCUCAGCCUCGCCGGGUUUGGUGCUUCUCCCACGUUCUCAAUGUCUCACAAAAACAGAGUGGCGCAGGAGAGGGAGGACGACGAGGACGGAAAGAUUGUUUUCCCGUCCAUGGAGGAGACGGACUCGGCUGUGUCGAGUGAAGCAGAUUGUCCUUUUAAUGCUCAGCCGUUAAAUUUAAACAUGGCUUUCCACGAGGAGUCGCUCUCCCAGCAUCUGAGAGAAACCGAACCAGAACCGAACCAAACCUCUCAGACGGAUCAGUCAACGGCCGAGGAGAAGCAACUUGACCGCGGCGCUGAAAGUCCGACUCCGAUCCAGUCCACAAACAGAAGAAGAGCAAAGAACAAGGAGUCGUCUGAAGGCCAGCCUGGAGCGCAGCCCAGCAAGCGAAAGAGAAAGGCCAACUCUCUGUUCCUCCAGCAGCCAGAGGUCGGCGAACCCCUGAAGAGGUCGACGCGAUCCGCUGCCAAGUUGGCCUGCAGGAAGAUGAAGGUGGCCUCCUCAGCCGCCCACCGCUGGAAUAAGGAUGUAGAUUACUCUCUGUACGGCUCACGAGAGUACGCCUCCAAGAACCCCACCCUGAGCCCCAUCACAGAGAGGCUGUCCUUCAUCCAGCGGACUUCAGCCAGACAGCAGACCCUUGAGAGCCCCACAGCCACGCAUCAAGGAUAUGUCAUCAGCCUUCAAAUGCCAAAUGUUAUUCUACAUAGAGAGGAUUGCUCAGAGGGAAACUUUUCCAUUAAAUCUGUCAGCCUUCCUAGCUGUAGUCCAGAGAGGAACAACAGGCAGCCAAGGAUUACAGCCAAGAGAGUACGGAAGAAGAGAAAGGUCAGUGUUGCUGACUGCGAGGUGCUUCGGGAGGAAAUCACAGAGCAGCAAUUAGAAGUUGACGUUUCACAAGGAACUCUGUCGACGUUCACCAAGAGUGAGCAGCGUGAAGCCGACCCUGAGGAGCCCUCUGCUGAUAUUCUCUGCACCGACUCAAGCAAAUCGAAAUAUGACGCAAGUACAUUGACGCCAACUUCCAGCUACGCUCCUUUGGGUGAAGACUCCAGCAAAGCAAAACCAGCAAAGAAGCAAGCUAAACAAGGCAGAAGGAGCUCAGCCCUGCUGGAACCACAUCAGGCAGGGGAGCACCAACCCGACUGCGAGGGUAAUGGGAAUCAGGAGGAGGAAAGGGGACCCAUUGUCGACCUCGCCCCUUGGCAGGCUCAUUUUAAUUUUGAGGACGUGUUCAAACCUGUUGCCACCAGACGACAGCGCUCGGUACGCCGCAGUCUGAGGAGCCAGGUGAACUCUGAACACGUCACCACUGGACUCGCCUGGGUGCCUCACACCUCCCCCGAAUCAAUUAAAGAGACUCGCAGAAGGACCCGCCACAGACGGCUCAGUGCGACGCUGCCUGUCCAACCGGCUCUCCCCGAGGAGGCGCAGGACUCCUCAUCGAGCCAAUGGACACCAGGGAAGUUAUAAUUUCUGCAACUCCGAGCUGUUUGUCUUCAAUCGAGUCGAUUUGUCUAAGGAGACUGAUUGUUGUACAUUAGUUGGAAAGCAUUGACAGUUUUGUUCCUUGUGAAUUAUUUGAUCUGAGUUCAGUUUCCCUCGAGUAACGAAGUCGGUCAAUACACUAAGAGCCCAAUGAUCUCUGCUGACCGCCUCCUGAUCAAUAUCACCCACUCAGCUGGUAAUCACAGUGCAUCUUCAGUCCCCAUCUGAAGUCACUGGAUCAAGCAUCUUCUAGUCAAUACCAACUAUGUGGACAAGUAAAGAUGGCUUUACUGCUAAUAUGUGGGAAAUGUGAUUUUAUUUCUUUUAAAUUGUAUAUAGUGCUCAAAUGUGAAACAGCUUUUUUUUUUUAUCAUUUGUUCUUGAACCAGAAACUGUACAUAUGUAAAACAGUGUCCAGCUGCUUCUCUCUCCAUCUGUGUGUUCACAUCCAGUUCCAGUAAAGUAGUUUUUCCUCUCA